AGGCAAAUUUUGGAGAAGAAUGGAAUUUGGGAUGAAAGUAGAAGAUUUAAAACUGUAGUAAACAGAAAGAUUGCCAUUCCUGUUCUCACAGACAGUUUUAAUCUGAAAGUUCUUGAGAACAUCUUGACAGAAAAUGAAAUUGAAGUGUGUAAAAUGGAGUUACCUCCCUCUAAAAAGACUAAUGUUAAAAACAGGACACCGGCAUCUAUAUUAAAGGAGAGCCUGAAAGAGUUAGUGAUAAAAUCUGGUAAAGAAUGGAGUAAAAAACUUGAGGAAGAUUUACCUACAAGUUGGGAAAAACAUGGUGAUCUGGUUUUAUUCCAUGAAGGUUGUUUUAAAUCACCAGUUUGGACAGAGCUAGACAGUGAAAUGUGGAAUGUUGUAGCCAGUAGUUUAUCAUGUAAAAGACUAGCUGUAAAAUCAGUGGUAAAUAAUAAUGGUUUUAGAACCCCGCAGGUUAGACUGGUAGUAGGCGAUGAUGGUUGGGUAGAACAGGUUGAUAAUAAACUUAGGUUCACCUAUAAUAUAACUAAGUGUAUGUACAGUAUUGGUAAUAUAACAGAGAAAUUAAGAUUAGCUAAGCUGAACUGUUCUGCUGAAACAGUUGUAGAUUUAUACGCUGGUAUAGGUUAUUUCACCAUCCCCUAUCUUGUCCAUGCUGGCGCCGAAUAUGUCCAUGCCUGCGAGUGGAACCCUGAUGCUGUAGAAGCUCUGAAGAAGAAUUUAAAACUGAACCAAGUUGAAGAAAGAUGUACAGUUUAUCUAGGUGAUAACAGGAAGGUAUGUCCAGUAAACGUAGCAGAUAGAGUCAAUCUAGGCCUGAUUCCCAGUUCAGAAAAUGGUUGGCCAGUAGCUUGUUCAGCUCUAAAACAUGAUUCUGGUGGAUUUCUUCAUAUUCAUGCUAAUGUUUCUUCAUUGAAUCAACUUGCAUCGAAACCUAAAUUACAUGAUGUCUAUGUGUGUUGUGACAGUGAAAAACAUGAAUAUAUCAAACUGCUAUCUAAUGAUGAUAGUAAUAAAUCAUUUAGUGAUCAGAAUGCCUCGAAAGGAGAUUCUUACUCCAGGAUUAUUUGGAAUCAAUGGGCCGAAUCUACUGCUAUUAAAAUAAGAACUAUGUUAUGUGAGCUAUAUCAAAAACCCUGGACAACAACUAUACAUCAUAUUGAACAUAUUAAAUCUUAUGCCCCUCAUGUUGACCACCUGGUGUUGGAUUUAGAAUGCCGACCUUUGACCUGA